GUCAAGUGUUGAGUGAUGACGUUUCUUUGAGGCAGUGGUGAAAACAUCGAUUUAUAAAAAAUAGAAAAUUACGGCAAUUACCAAAGGAAGUCUUUGUUUUAAUUAUUGACACUUUCUUUUAAUAAUUGAAAAAUCAAGAUGACAUCAGGACCGUACAAUUAUUCUUAUAUAUUCAAAUAUAUAAUAAUUGGAGAUAUGGGAGUUGGCAAAUCAUGCCUGUUGCAUCAGUUCACAGAGAAAAAAUUUAUGGCCGACUGCCCUCAUACAAUUGGUGUUGAGUUUGGCACCCGGAUAAUUGAAGUAGCGGGACAAAAAAUCAAAUUACAGAUUUGGGACACAGCUGGACAAGAGAGGUUCAGAGCUGUCACUCGCUCUUAUUACAGAGGAGCUGCGGGGGCACUCAUGGUGUAUGAUAUAACGAGAAGGUCCACUUACAAUCAUUUGAGCAGCUGGUUAACCGACACACGUAAUUUGACCAACCCGAGCACUGUGAUAUUCUUGAUCGGCAAUAAGUCCGACUUGGACGGUCAGAGAGACGUAACAUACGAGGAAGCCAAACAAUUUGCUGAUGAAAAUGGCCUGAUGUUUGUAGAAGCAAGUGCCAAAACUGGCCAGAACGUAGAGGAGGCAUUCUUGGAGACCGCUAAAAAGAUAUAUCAGAGUAUUCAAGACGGCAGGCUGGACUUGAACGCCGCGGAGUCGGGCGUGCAGCACAAGCCCGCGUCGCCGGGCCGCCCGCUGGCCGCGCCGCCCGCCGCCAAGGACAACUGCGCCUGCUAACUGGCCAACAGCGACUGGGUACUGGGUCAGAAACGUCCGGGAACACCGGCCUCUUUUCUGCGGACAUUGCGAAAGUUAACGGUUUGCGUACCUACAUUUUUUCUAAGACAUUCACCAUACAAAUUUUAAAAAGUAGGUUUUACGAUGCCUAUAAUGUAAACUACUAAAAUUAGGCUUUCAAGUCUGUUUAUUUUAUGAUAUCUACAGGAAAGACGCUUAACCUCGACUCAUACUAAAAAAGUUUUUGACCCGUGUACUCGUGACACGACCACGGCCAGCGGCCCGGAGGCCGGAACCCACUCUCCGACCAUCCCGACAAAUCGACUUCUCUUUAUGAAACGUCAGAAAAUCUUAAGGCGCCACUAGAAACAAAAAUCAAACCUCCGCUUUCUAAAAGUUUUAGCUAAUAUAUAGUCAGGGAAUGCGUAAAGUAUGCGACCAUGUAUUUUUGUGAAAUGAAUUUCAAAUUGGCUAACCUAUUUUUAAAGAUUAGUGAGAUAAGUGAGCAAUCCGUUCAACAAGUUCAUUUCAAAAGGAAAGAUUGUGGUAGAAUAGUAGUUUCGGUUUUUGUAUGGGAGUGGCGGUUCUGUUCUAGUAUUAUGUAAUAUGUGUCACGAUCACGAGUGGCAGCCAGCAGGUACAUCUCCACACAUCAGUGUGCACUAAUGCUUUUGGGAUGUCAUACUUUAAUCGAUAAGUUAACUAGAGUAUUUAAAAUAAUAAUAUAUAAGAUCUUAAAUAAGAGUAUUACCGAGUCCCAUUCUGUUUCUACUUAUUUACAUUCCAAAUCAAUCACUGGUUCAUGGUGCAUUACUUUAGAACAAAAGGGGUUUUCAUAUUUUUUCAUUCAUCCGAAGCCAGAGGGCAAAGCUGUCAGAAAGGGAUUCGUAUACAUAAGUUGGUCAUUUUUACCCAUUUUUAAUUAUUGUGUGUUGUAUUAAUAUGUUUAUUGAACCAUGUAUAUGAACAGAAGUAAGAAACACAAAUGAUUAAACAUAACAUUGUUUAUUUUGAAUGUCAGUUAUCUUACCGAGUUAACAAAAAGUAGCGAAUCGUGUUAUUUAUCCGAACCAAAAUCAUAAUAUUCAUGAAAUUGUUUAAGGCUGAGAGAUGGCUAAAAUGAAUGGCAUGUUGUAUCUCAUGAAAAGUUAUUGCGGUAUUAAGUGGAAGAUUAAUUGUUAUGGCAAAACAAAAUUAUUACAAUAUUUAUGUUACAACUGGAUGUUAUACAGCUAAGAAAACUUCACUGUUAAGGUUCCUCUUCUCCGGCGAAAGAUAUGGGGAUCUACCACGAACAACGAAAUUCUAAGUUCUCUAUCACUUUUGCGAUGCAGGAGUGACAGAAAUAGAUAUACAGAAACUUCGAAUUUCAAAGUCCGCGGUAGACUACUAGGGCGGAAUAGUACGCAUUACGAUACAAGUGCGAAAAUUAAGAAAUUAUCUAUACAACAUAUGGCCCGUUAAAUUUUCGACAUAGGCACGUAAAAUGCUGAUUACCGCACUAGUGCAGUAAUGUAUCUCAUAUAUAUAUGUACUGUAAAAUUUCAUACGAUCGGCGAGAAAAAUACUGACUGCCUAUGUUAUUUUCAUCACUGAAUAAAUUUCUACGAAGAAGCGUCUAGCUCCGCCUCGCCCUCUAGAAGGAAAUGUAUCAUUUAACCAUUUUUUUUAUUUUAUAUUCACAAAUGUACAUUUAAUAACUUGAAAGAUGCAUGAAAAUUAUCACAAAUAUUUUAGAUAACGAUAGAUUUCUAAUCGAAUUACAAAGUACCAAACACACGUGUGUGUAAGUUGAGGUACUACUAGUACUAGCCAAUACUUUCAAAAAAUAAAGUACAUAAGUACCUAUGCGGUAUGCGGACUGCAUAAACCUAUUAUGUUAUGUAUAGGCUAGGUAUUGUGAACCAUGUAUAUUGAUUAUUUUCAAAUCCGUUACAGGAUAAAUUAUCCGAAAUCUAAAAAUGCGUUAUAUCCAUAAUUACAUCAGAAAAAUCCAUUGCUUAAUUAUAGUACCUAAUAAGUUGCAAAAUAAAAAUACCAAGAUAAAAUGAAAAAAAAAUUGGUCACAAUUUGUAAAAAGAACCAUUUCAGAUGCUGAAUUUAGAAAAAUGUCACGUUCCAAAAUUGCAUUUAAAAUAGUACGAUAGGGUGGUAUUCCAAUUUCUUUGCCCAAUGUCAUUGCGUCUCACUCUCUCAUUAAGCAAAAUGUGAGACGCAAUGCACAUUGGACAAAUAAAUUGUAUAGGUGGAAUGCCACUCUUAUAUCCAUGGCACAUGUAGCCGGUCUUUGGUCAAACAACUUUCUCAGUAGAAAAAGGUGCGAAAUUCAAAUUUUCUAUGGGAUGAUAACGCUUGGCGCCAACAUUUUUUAAAUUUGCCGCUUUUUUCUACUGACGGAAAUGGCUUGACAGACUAUAACAGUCUAAGUGGAAAUAGUUAGUUGUUGUGGUUGGUGGUGCAGUAUAUAAGUCAGAGUCAAUGGUCGCUUUUAUAAUUUUUCGUGGUCAUCCACAUCACUUUAAAAACCUAAAUGUAUCGAAUUGCAUGCAGUCGCUUCUACAAUUUCAUACAUGUAUGUUUCUUGCUUUAUUGUGGAGGUAAAACGUGUUAUGGAAAAAUUUACCCAUUAAAGAAAAGAAAGCAAAGGUUUCAUGUUAUUUUUCACCACACCAGCUGGUAAAGACCUUCUUGGUUGUUCAAUAACUAAUGAGAAAGUUACGUUUUAUUCACGACAGUGGCAAAGUAAAAAAAAAAUUCUACAUGUUCAUGUCAUCAACUGACGGUCUUUCUACCGCGACACAACCGGCUGAUUAUUAUUUUUAAUUCAUGACAGCAUCUAAACUAUCAUCUGACAAAGUAUCAGCCGGGAGGCGAUGACUGACAAUAUAUGCUCCGGGCCCGCGGUCUAUAAUGCAAAUUUUGAGUUGAGGUGUGGUAAAAAAAACUUUGUGUUUUCACUCGGUGGCAAAAUUUGUUUAACCCUCGUGCCUUGAAACCCUCGCAACGCAACGCUCAAGAUUCCACUUUUCGAACCCCGCGCUACGCUCGUGGUUCAAAUUUGGAAUCUUAUGCUUGCUCGGGUAUCAAUAUUGGCACGAGAGGUUAAGAGGCCGGUGUCGAUUUUAGUCGCAAAAAUGUAAAAUUGAUAGAUUUAGUCUGUGAAAUUGUAUACCUUUUGUUACCUAAUUGAAAUAACAAGUACUGGUUACUCUUAGCACGUCUUCUCAUCUUGCCAUUUUACAGAAUUUUUUUUUGAAAACAGACUCACUAAAUUAGUAAUGAUUUUUUUUCUUGACGGACGUGUGGGUAAACGCGCGUAAAGCACUGAUUUUGUCGCUCUUAUUUGUAAAUUUCGUAUAGUUUGGACUGCGAAAAAUGGUAAAUUUGUAUUACACAUAUUCUGUACUUGACCUUUAUCAGAUUACAUUUUUGUUAUAUGACUUAGAGUUCGAGGAAAUGAAAGUUAAACGAAUUCAAUUUUGUCCAGAAAUUACUUCAAAACAAGUGACCAUUUCUCUGAAAAUCAACUUAAUUUCAACGUAAUUUUGAUACUUAAACAAUCUACAACAUUUGCUGAAACUAUUCUUAUACAUCAAUUUGUAUAAUUUACCACCAUAAUUUUUUGAUGAAUUUUUAAAAACUGCCCCUUCUCUUCAUAUAUUACCGGUGACGCAUGCUCGCGACCUCAUUAUUAAAAGGCAAGAUGAGAAGACGUGCUAAUAGAAACCAAUACUUGUUAUUUAGAUAUUACGUAACAAAACUUGUAUAAUUUCAACGACUAAAUCUAUCAAUUUUACAUUUUUGCUCCAACAUCGACACCGGCCUCUUAAACAACAACUUUGCCCCCCUGUAAAACAAAUAACUAUUGAAUAGUCACGUUUUAGAUUUAUGUACUCUAGUGGUUUUUCGCCCUUUAAUAUGCACGUUUUUUUUUUCAACAAAAUGUUAUACACUAGUUAAUCAGUUAUUUUCGUCUAAUAUAAUAAAUUUCAUAGAUUAUUAGUAGUUUAGGUACUACUUACGACAUAAUUAUUAUGUGUAACUACGUGUUAAAUAAAUAUUAUUUGUACAGUGUA